CUUCCUACCUAAUCUUCGUCUGCCUUCAGAUUUUAUUCUGCCAUUGACAAGCUUUUCUUUGUCUUACUCUAGGCAGAAAUACUUUUCAUCUUCACAAUGUUCCAGUCCAUGCGCCUUUCCGUUCGAGUCCCUCUGCGCUCGGUGCGCUGGAACUCGACGGCUGGUCCGACACUGCCGCCGUUGAUGGCCACUCUGCGCAAUGAUCUUAAGACGGCAAUGAGAGCAAAGGAUACCUCUCGCCUUAAUGUUCUCCGUGCCUUGAUCUCCGAAACCAACAACGCCGCCAAAACUGCCUCCCCCAUUCAGACCGAUAUCCAGCUGCUCUCUCUGAUUCGGAAACGAGCUUCUGCUGCUAAAGAGUCUGCCCAACAAUUCGCCGAAGCCGACCGACCGGAUUUGAAAGAGAAAGAAGAUGCCCAGAUUGCGAUUUUGGAGGAGUAUGCCGGUCACGUCAAGACCUUGACGGUAGAGGAGGUCGAAGCUGUGAUUUCAAAGGAGAUUGCCGCUAUCAAGGAAGCCGGUAAAAAGCUGGAGGUCGGACAAGUCUUGAAAGCUCUGUUUGCCCCCGGUGGUGCUCUUGAUGGCAAGCCCGCAGACCGGAAAGAGGUUGCUGGGCUGGUCAAGAAGGCCGUUUCUGCUUGAGAGAGAGAGAGAGAAAAAAAAAGUGCAGAGAGCAGAUGAGCCGUAUUGGUGCAAACAAAAUGCACCACAUGUAUAAUAGUUUUGUUACAAUAUUUUGGAUAUCCCCGUUCAUUCGACGACAUCGAAGUACAAAAGAGAGCGAAGGGAAGAAGCGAGACUUUAUUAUUCAAAAGCUACACGGGGAAUAAAGGGGACCCGAACGCCAAAAACAAACGCCAGGAGACCUGCAACAGGAAACAUCCUCUUUUACGAGCAGAAAAACGCCAAUCCUCCGAG